AUGGCAACAGAAUUGGCAGUUGAGAGAGCCUCCUCUAAUCAAGCGGGCAAAGAAAAAAACCUUUUUGAGUCUUCAUUUGCUGAACAACUUUCUAAAGCCACUGAAGAGAUUAGGGGUCUGAAGGAACUAUUGAACCAGAAAGAAGUUUAUGCCGGUGAGCUUGUUCAAACGCUCACCCAAGCUCAAGAAGACCUUCGAGUAUCUUCUAACAGAGUUCAAUUUUUAGAGAGUUCACUUGCUCCCUUACAGGCUUCUUAUGAUGUAGCCUUGGCUGAGAAGGAAGAGCUAGGAAAUAAGAUUGAGCAUUGGGAAAGAGAUUACGAAGCUCUUGAAGAUAAGGCCGCUGUUGAAGUUAGUUGGGCUUUCUUGAACACACGCCAUGGCACUUUAAUGGAAGCAAGCCGAGAAGGCUUUGACUUAGCUACUGAGAUUGCAAAGAUCAAAGAAACUAUUGAGAAGACCCAACAAAGUCAGAGCUUUUCUUCACCUGUGGCUGACAUUUCCGAGGGUGAUGAAGUUACUCCUGGUGAAGCUGUUGUUCAAUCUCCUUCCGCUCAAGUUGUUCCUCCUGCUUCUGAUGAUACCAUGCUUCAUCCUACUGGUUCAAAUUCUGCCCCACAGUGA